CCGCCAUCUACAAGAGCUCCUGCAGUAUCGAUGUCACCUUCUUCCCCUUCGACCAGCAGAACUGCAAGAUGAAGUUUGGCUCCUGGACCUACGAUAAGGCCAAGAUUGACCUGGAGAACAUGGACCACCACGUGGACCUCAAGGAUUACUGGGAGAGCGGUGAGUGGGCCAUCAUAAAUGCCAUCGGCACCUAUAACUCCAAGAAGUACGACUGCUGCACCGAGAUCUACCCCGACAUCACCUUCUGCUUCAUCAUCCGUCGCCUCCCGCUCUUCUACACCAUCAACCUCAUCAUACCCUGCCUCCUUAUCUCCUGCCUGACCGUGCUGGUCUUCUACCUGCCCUCCGACUGUGGGGAGAAGAUCACCCUCUGCAUCUCCGUCCUGCUUUCCCUCACUGUCUUCCUGCUGCUCAUCACGGAGAUCAUCCCCUCCACCUCUCUGGUCAUCCCUCUCAUCGGCGAGUACCUCCUCUUCACCAUGAUCUUCGUCACGCUCUCCAUCAUCAUCACCGUCUUUGUCCUCAACGUCCACCACCGCUCCCCCAGCACCCACACGAUGCCCCGCUGGGUCCGUAGCUUCUUCCUGGACUUCAUCCCUCGUUGGCUCUUCAUGAAGCGACCCCCGGCGCUGCCUCCCCCCGAGGGGACCGCGGGGCAGUAUGACCUCCCGGGGACCAGGCUCAGCACCUCCCGGUGCUGGCUGGAGACCGACGUGGAUGACAAGUGGGAGGAGGAAGAGGAGGAAGAGGAGGAAGAAGAAGAGGAGGAGGAAGAGGAGGAGAAGACAUACCCCAGCCGCAUGCCCCAGGCAGGCUCCCGUGACCAGGGCGCCCAGUGCCGCUAUGGCUGCGGGCGACAAGCUGGGAAGGCAUCAGCGGGGUCAGCCCCCCGGGUGCCCCCCAAGGAGGAAGAGGAGGAGGAGGAGGCAGGAUCAGAGCAGGGGCUGACACUGUCCCCCAGCAUCCUGAAGGCCCUGGAAGGGGUGCAGUACAUCGCGGACCACCUGCGAGCCGAGGACGCUGACUUCUCGGUGAAGGAGGACUGGAAGUACGUGGCCAUGGUGAUCGACCGCAUCUUCCUCUGGAUGUUCAUCAUCGUCUGCUUGCUGGGCACCGUGGGGCUCUUCCUCCCGCCCUACCUGGCGGGGAUGAUCUAGGGGCUGGGCCAGGCUGUGGUGGGGAUGGCAGGAGAUGCACGGUCCCUUCUCCUGGGAGGAGACCUUCCCUCGCCCUGGGAGGACAUGGGUGCAACCAUUGAGGACACUUGGAUGGGAAAGGCAGGGUGAAGGAAGGGCUGUGCCAAGGGGUCACCUGGGGAUGGUGGGGAUGGAUGGUGGUCACAGCCAUCCUGGCACGAAGAAAGGCAUGGUACAGGUUCUCCAUCGCCUGAGCACAGGCUGGAGGCAUCUAGGAGAGGCAUCUGCCUCCUCGAGCUGCUCCAAGUCCUACCCAAAACCCAAGAGCUGCGUCUGGUUAUGACUCCCAAUGUGUUGGCCAAGAAGAGGGGACAUCCCAGCUGCUUUAGGACACACCCUGACCUCCGGGUGCUCAGGACCACAGGCUGGUGAAGUCAUGCAUGACAUGGGACAAGCAAUAAGGCUUUGGAUGGUCCAUGCAGAAGGGGUACAGCCAUGGGAGGAGAGAGAGAAAGGUCCCUGCUCAGCUGCAUGGCUCGUAGGUUUCUGCUCUGCAAAGCCCACCCCAGGAGCAGACCCUCCACAACCCACUGGCACCAGUGGUCGCUUCCACACCAUCCCACACCGGAGCUUGGGGUGCCAGGGGGGUGGGAAUGGCCGACCCAGAAAUAGGGGUGGCUUGGAAGGGAAAACCCACCCUGGGGAAUGGGACAACCCACCCAGACACA